CGGUUGAAUACCACCUCCUGGGACCCUUUUUUUUCCUGCUUCUGUCACUGAAAUUCUCCCGAUCCUUGCUCAUUGACGGCAACGACAUUUAAUAUGGAUCCUAUCCGUGAGGAAGCGAUUCACAACGAGCGAAAUGUGAAGGUAAUCUGUGUGGGCGCAGGCGCCUCCGGAUUGUGUCUAGCAUACAAGUUGCAGAGAUCGUUUGAAAACUACGACCUCACGAUUUAUGAAAAGAACCCAGGGAUUGCCGGUACGUGGUACGAGAACCGCUAUCCAGGCUGCGCCUGCGAUGUCCCUUCCCACAACUACGUCUACUCGUUCGAGCCCAAAUCAGACUGGUCCUCCGUAUACGCAGGCUCCAGCGAGAUCAGGGAAUACUUCAACAACUUUGUUGACAAGUACGGUCUGCGCAAGCAUAUCCUCACAUCGCACAUGGUCACCGAGACCAAAUGGGUCGAGGAAUCCGGUCGCUGGCAAGUGACGGUCACAGAUUUGACAACGGGGCAGACGGUGCACGACUGGUGCCACAUUCUGGUCCAUGCGACGGGCUAUCUCAACAAGCCCGCUUGGCCAGAGCUCCCCGGGUUGGACGAUUUCAAGGGCAUCAAGCUUCACAGUGCGAUGUACGAUGAGAGUGUGUCGCUGGAAGGAAAGAAUGUUCUGUUGAUCGGGGCCGGCUCAUCGGCUGUCCAGAUUCUCCCUGCAAUCCAACCGAUCGUGAACAGAGUGAAAAUUUUCAUCCGGUCACCAACAUGGCUGCUGCCGGACAUCAGCACGGAGGCGGGAAAGUUCUCCCAGGAGCAGAUUGAUGAGUUUGUCAACAAUCCAGAGAGCGUGACGGCCUUGCGCCAGGACAAUGAGCGGACGAUGAACAGUAUCUUCACAAUGUAUCUUAAGGACACCGUUCUCCAGGAGCAGGCUAAGGGUCUCCUCACGUCAGUGAUGAGGAACGCCUUUCGGGACCAGGAAAUGGAAGACCGCUUGAUACCUAAAUUUGCAGUGGGCUGCAAGCGUGUUGUUCCCUCGGGCUUCAAGUACCUGAAGACGCUGAAGAAAGACAAUGUCGACGUGGUGUAUGGCGGAGUCACAUCCGUGACACCCUCGGGGUGCAUUAGCGAUGACGGACAGCAGCACGAGGGCGACAUCAUCAUUUGUGCCACUGGUUUUGAUACUUCUUACAUCCCGCGCUACCCAGUUCUAGGCCCCAAUGGCCGAAAUUUGCAGACCGAAUGGGCAGACUCCAUCAUGGGCUAUAUGGGAGUAGGCAUCUCUGAAUUUCCCAAUACCUUUACGAUGCUUGGCCCCUACACCCCCGUUUCGAAUGGUCCAACGAUGGUCGCGAUCGAAGCACAAGCCGAUUACAUUUGCUCCUUCAUCGAUCGUUACCAAACAGAGCCUAUCCACAGUAUGGCCUUGAAGCAGGAUGUCUGUGCUGAAUUCAAGGAGCAUGUUGGAUCGAUGAUGCAAAAAGCCGUCUGGACCGACAACUGCCGCAAUUCCCACAACAACCACACUAUCGGCGGUCGCAUUCCCACGACUUGGCCUGGAAGCACUCUCCACUAUCUGGAGGCUAUUCGAGAGCCACGUGCCGAUGACUGGGUGUUCAAGUACACUGGGAAUCGCUUCUCGUGGCUGGGGAUUGGCGUUUCCCAGACGGAGUGGGAUCCGACGGCAGAUCUGGCAUAUUACAUCCGGCAGUCGGAUGACGGGCAGUGGAACAGUCGGCGCAAGCGGAACCUGGCCAUUGCUAAAACCGGGAGUAUGCCCCCGCGUGCUCUCCACAGGCAGCCCAAGCUUGCUGUUAACCAGAAAGCAUCUGAUAAGAACACGACAGUGUCGACGGCGGAGCCAGUCCCCGAAGCCAGGGCAUGAUUGUGACCGGGUAGAAAGGCUGCCUCGCAACCAGUCGCUCUUCUCAAAGAGUCUCAUAUUGUUCGUUUGGUGAUUAUGGCUUUAUUCACAUAUAGACUGCAUUUCGGACCAUGCACAGCAGGGGCACUCGGUGUAAUCACUAGACUGCGGUCGACACCAUAGCCGCAGAAGAUGAAUAUGUUCAGCGAACGAUUUCGUGAUACAAAAUAGAGGGGAUUGAUUCUCUAUCUAAUUCUUGGACCUGUUUAAUUGGCCCGCUCUCUCAGGCAAAGCUUAAUCUGGACUGUUGUUCCUUCGUU